AUGGAUUUGGCACCCGCAACGCUUGAGCUCAAGCAGACCUUCGCGCUACGAAGAAUCCUACUGAAGCACGGCGAGAGGACAGAGGCAGAAUGCUCAGCCGUACGCAAAUUCCUCGCGGAACGCACAACGAUAUGGCGAGAACCGUUCUGGGCCCUCCUCUCCAAGAGGGAUCAGCUCAAGAUCGCCAGUUGUGUCAAGCUGAGGAUGGUCCCGAGCGACGGGGAGCCGCACGACUUCGUGGCGGCGGACUCGACAUCCGGGUGCAUGGUAUUCUCGGCUCUCAAGGGCCUCGCUCAGGUGCAAUGUUUCGAUAGCUCCGGCACGCGCCUAGAGUUUCAGGAGCUGGAAACGUUUGGGUUUCUUCCGGUGCCGGAGGUGCUCUUGGAGGAGGCCAUUCGCAGUGUGGAGAGGAUGAAAUCGAACCCGAGAAGUAAAGUCUAUCGAGGGGAGCGGGAGUACGGAGAGAGGCGCCAAGCGACAACGGAGGCCGGCAAGAUCAGGGUCAAGAUUGCCCCGGACGGGCAGUACUUGUCCAUAAACGGGGCAGAAGUGGUACCGAUGCUCAAGAAGCUCGCUGAAAAGCGGGGGAGGAGCCGCCUGAUGAAGAGCAUGGGUCUCGAGCUCCCCGGGAUGGGGGGCGAGGGUGGGUUUGGAGGGGAGGUAGGCGGUGGCGGUGGCGGCGGCGGCGGCGGCAGGAAGCGGGAAGUGCUUAUGCGAGAAGCUCGGUACGGGGUUGGUUCGAUCCUGGUACACGAAGGAGCUUCUCCCACGAUGGUGUUCGUAAUCGUGGAGGGAGAGUGCAGGAUCGUCAAGUCUGGGAAGCCGUGUUCCCAGUCCCAGGCGUCCGGCGCGAAGGUGUCUGGUGGAAGGAGCGCGAGGUACAACCUAGGCAGUGCCCAAGGCAGCAAGAUCGAUGUGGUGCUCACCAGCGGCUUUCACACGCAGGUCGACGUUUGCCAGCUCGGAUCUCUAGGACCAAAGGCCCUCAUCGGAGACAUCCCCGCCUUGCUCGGCGGCGUGCAGCCAGCGUCGGUUGUGGCGAAGACGCCCCUGAGAGUCCUUCAGUGCAGAGCCGACAGCAUGUCGCCAGGUGCUCUUAUCGCCAUAGGGUCGGCCACAACGCGUCUUUCUCGCACGCCGCACACAGUGUACGUGGAGGCCGCCAAGGCAAGGAGGUCUAGGAUGACGGAGCGAGGGGGAGAGGUGGAGCAGCUCGUUUCGCUCGCGGGGACCCCGCUACUCGUUGACAUGAGCACCGGCAGCGCUAGCACCUCCACCGGCCCCGCGAAACACCAAGCAGGAAACUCCGCCCAAACCGGCGACGAAGCUGCCCACGGCAGCACCAAUACUAGUGAUCGGACGGGAAGAAGUGGGGAGACAGAAAGAUCGAACGCGGACGGGAAAGCUGCAGUGGCCACGGCGGCCAAUCCUACGUCUACCGACAGAGGCCGAGGACGCAUUAGCAGUCGGACCGAUCCAUCAGGAACCGCCAAGGCUAGCAGCGGCAAGGGCGUCGGACCGGCGGUUGAACCGGUACCAACGCACAGCGGUGGUAGCGGCCACAAAGAAUCGAUGCGGAGGUCGCAGUCGACCCCCGCCGCCACACCCUUGGAAGAAGAGACCCGCAACACCGAAACUCCCGCGGAUACCGCCGCGACCGCGAGGCCAGCGACGAGGCGCACUUCAUCGUCGGAGUCGUCACCUCCGACUCGGGGAUUGGACGCCGAGCGGAUAGUCGCCACGGCGAGCACCCCGCAGCUGCCUUGUUUCUCCCUAGGGACAUCGCCACAGCUUGCGUUCCGCGGGGCGCGACCUAGCCCAACAGUUGAGCCGCAGCGCUCGCCUGCUCUUCAGGCUAUCGCUUCCUCCGAACGCAAGGUGGCGUCGCCGGUGACCGAUUCUAUCGGUGCGUCGGCAAGUUCAUCGGGUUGCCAAUGGCGCCGUUUGGGAGUGGGAGUGAGGGCGGGGCUCGCGGGGACAGCGGCAAUGGAAACUCCAGCCCUGGCGACAGCCAGAGAUCAAGCGUCGGCGCUCCUAGCCUUCCACCUGACGCCUUUCCCGACCAUCACGAAAAAUCGCAGCUUGCACGCCGUGGCGCAGCCCAUCGUGAAGCACAGCGAGGGCUUCGCCGACGCCUGCCGGGGAGAGAGGAGUAGAUCGGGGAUCGAGGCAUGGAGGUUGGCGAGAGAGGCGAGGUACGAGGGCAUGGUCGCCCCAGCGGAUCGUUUGUCGAUCAUGCAGCAAAUCGACGCCGGUUUUGACGCAUUACAACAAGGUGGCAGGAGUAGGAGGGUUCCUCCAGUGGCAUAG